CUUUUGCCUCCUCAUCGUUAUCCUCGCUCGUCGAUCAUUUUCUCCAUUCUUCUAUGUGUUUGACCGACCUCCUACUUGGGCUUGGCUGAAUUUGUUGCAACUAAGGAGCUGAAACUGAAGUUGACAUCUUACCAUUGCUAUACCGUCGCUAUCUCGACCCCGAGUUUGCUUACGGCCGUCCUCUCCCGGUCUGCGUCUUAUACCUAUACUUACACGGCACAUCAACCACGAGCUAGCACAGUAUAAUUUAAUUCAUAUUAUAUUACCCCCGUGUAGAAUGAUCACUUAGGAAGAACCAUCGCCGCCUCAUUCGGAUAUACUAUACGGUUCACCUACACUCAAGCCCGUCGUCUCGUCUCCUCUAAGGAGCCGAUACGUACUAAUGGCCUUGCAUAAGGUCUCUAGUCGUACCACGACAUCACUGUAUCGAAGAUGUCGCCAAGCAAUUUCCCCAACCGCGGUCCUACGAUCAUCGCUGUGACCUCCUGGACCCUCGCCCUAACCACUGUCGUCGUCGCUGCUAGGUUAUUCUGUCGGAUUCGUAUUGUGCGAUGUGUUACUUGGGACGACUACUUCAUUAUGGUUGCUUGGUGCAUAGCUUUCGGGCUUACCCUUUCCAUUGACAUGGCUGCUGGUAAGGGACUUGGCCGUCAUGAUACGGAUAUCCCUGAUCAAGAUUGGGUUGCCCUGCGUAACUGCGAAUAUGCCUUUUCGGUAUUAUAUAACCCAGCUUUGAUGGCGACCAAGACAUCCGUUCUAGUCUUCUACCUACGCUUAUCCAAGAACACACAAAGGGUGAUGCGGAUAGCUUCAUGGACCGUUCUAACUAUCGUCAACGUAGCCGGAGCAGUCCUGACCUUUAUCAACCUCUUCCAAUGCCGUCCGGUCGCAGCAGCAUACGAUACGCUUACUGAACCGACAUACUGCAUUCCGUUGCUUACCCAAUUCCUAUGUUCAGCGCCCGUCAAUGUUCUGACAGACCUCGCCGUAUUAGCUUUACCAUUACCCGUCCUUACUAGCAUGAGACUACCACGACGACAAAAAAUUAUUUUGAUUUUUACGUUUGCCCUGGGGGUAUUUGUCACUGUAGUUGACGUCGUCAGGAUCUAUUACCUGGAGCAAGCCAUUACUGUGACCUCUCCAACAUUCGAGACUGAGAAAGGGCCGAUUAUCGGGCACUCGCCCGAGUUUGCUUGGAACGCAUCACUCUCGCUCAUGUGGUCGUCUCUCGAAGUCAAUGUGGGCAUAGUUUGUGCGUGCAUUCCGACACUGAAACCACUCAUCCGGCGCAUCCUACCCUCCAUGCUAGUCGACCCCAAUGGAACUCGGGCAUACGACAAAGGAUCCUCGACGGAUGGGAACGGGAGUUCUAAUAAUGCCCGACCGCCAACUGCUGGCCUCUUCACCGAUGGCAACAUUACACCACCUGCCCCGGUGCAUGCCGGAACAAGGCAGGAGAGCCAAGUCUCUUCGAUCGAUUUCAUGACCACGCCAGAUAUGGGCUUCGUUACUCAUUCCCCAGACCCCCUUAACCGAUCGCCAACUAUUCUGACAAGCGCCACUGGGACCUUCUCCAUGACGGAAAACUCGGUUUAUUUCGGCUUCGUAAACAUGCGUCGACCGAAAAGCAUGAUCAGAACCUCAGUUCGUGACUCCUUCAAGUAUUGCACUGUGGUCAUCAUCCUAUUCUUGCUCUGGGGAUUUUCAUACGGCAUAUUAAACCAGCUCAAUAACGCGGUCUCUGCGGUCUCGGGCAUGUCGACCGCCGAAACGAUAGGGCUUUCGUCAAUUUACUUUGGAGGGGGGUAUUUACUCGGUCCGUUGCUUGUUGGCGAAUGGAUUCUGCGACUUGACGAACACUCCAGGUCCGGGAAGAAAACGAACGGUUCGGAUCGUAUCGGUGGCUACAGGGCAACAUUCAUAGUGGGGCUCUGCUUAUAUGGCGUGGGGACGAUUAUGUUUUGGCCUAGUGCUGUCCUUACUUCGUUCGCCGGUUUCAUGGUCUGCAACUUCGUCGUCGGAUUUGGCCUUUCGGUCAUAGAGACCGGGGCUAACCCGUUUAUCGUCUUCUGUGGCCCGAUGGAUUAUGCAGAGAUGAGACUCUGUCUAGCCCAGGGGAUCCAGGCUGUCGCAACUGUUUUAAGUGGGCUUCUAGCUGAGAGAGUCUUCUUUACUAAGCUCGAAAUGAAUACUUCCACCACCAACACAAAUCCGACGACGCUGCUGGACGUCCAGUGGACGUAUUUAGCUAUUACACUUCUGUGCGCGGCGCUGGCGCUCUUCUUUUAUUACAUGCCUUUACCGGAGGUCACCGACACCGAGAUGGAGAACUCCACGCGAUACCUCCCGGUCGACCCUAAAAAGCGAAGUUUCGGUGGAUUACAACUUCGAACAUGGACCUUAAUACUGGCCGUUUUAGCCCAAUGGGCCACCGUUGCCGGCCAAGAAAGCAUGAGCAUAUUUUUUCAGAAAAUUAUCACGCCGAAAACUGCCAUGCAUGAAACCGACGGCCAGUCCAUAGAAUCAUUACUUACUCCGAAAGGGCUUACUCUUUCUAUUCCGAAUUACCUAUCAAUCUCCCAUACUGCUUUUGCUCUCUCGCGUUUUCUGGCGGCAUACCUCGCCUUUUUAUCUCCGACUCAUCCAAAGGUCCCACAGCCACGUACGAUAUUAAGCAUUACCACCGGACUUAGUAUUCUCUGCGGUAUCACAGUGGUAACCCUCCGUCCAGCGAACCCUAACCUGCUGGUAAUCCCGGUAGUCCUUUUCUAUUUCUUUGAAGGCCCCUUAUGGCCUCUUAUAUUUGCCCUUGGACUUCGCGGGCAAGGCAAACGCACCAAACGAGCAGCGGCAUAUAUCACCAUGGGUGGUUCGGGGCCGGCGUUCUGGCCAUUCGUGAUAUAUGCGGUGACUCAGCGAGGUGGCAGCGUUCAGACGGCAUUCGCUGUGGUCCCUGCUCUUUUCGUUCUAGCGGGAUUCUUUUCCCUCUUUUUGGACUUGAAGAGAGAUGCCCGAGCUUUGGUCGACGCUCGUGUCGGUGCUGAGAAUCAGUCCAGAAUACAGGAUCGCGCUAAUCGGGACAUGGAUCUUGACACUAUCCUUGAAGCGCGGCGUCGAGCAUCACUAGCUGGUCUACCAGCUGAUAACGAGAAGACAGGCUUCUUCAAGAGGCUCUCAAUUGCACUGGGCAAAGGCAGUAGUGCACUCCCUGCCCGAAAAGACUCGGACCCUCCGACUUCAGAGCACCGUGAGGCGAGCAGUGGAAGCCCUGGUUGAGAUAAAGAGAGCUGUUGAUACCUACCUAACCCUCGAAUAAAGAUCAAUCACCCGGUUGUUAACUUGGAUUCGCGCGACCUCCUCGGAAUCAACAAUGAUCCUAAUGAUUUAGUAAAGAGUCAUUGGCGGAGAGGCGGAUUGAGAGGCACCAUUCAGGCUCUACGACA